AUGGAAAACGACAACGGCGUAGACCUCGAGAAGAGUCUCGAGAAAGUGUACGAGGACGGAAUGUCCAACCUGACCCCGAGCUGCUCGCCAGCCCCCAGCUAUGGACGAAGCCAACUCGCAGCCUCGGCUCUCCCCCAGAAAUCCUGUGCAAUCUGCCGCAACACGCUCAUGCUGAGCUACUUCAGCUGCUGCGCCGUCUGCGGCAACGUCAUCGAGUGCGGACGAAGCAACGAGAGACUUGGCUCUGAAAGGGGAUCCAGCUCAGCGCCGCAACUACCCACGACAAGUUCUGCCGAGGGAACUGACUGCAGCAAGAAGCUCCACUGCAGCAGUGCGUACUGCAAGUACACACACAAUGUCUGGCUCCUCAGAUUCUUCAUACUGUUCGAGGCGAUGCCGGCAGUGGGCGCCCUGAUGCUCCUCGGGAAGGCCUUCUUCGUCGAACACGACUGGUACUUCCUCAGGUUUAGGGGGUUGAUGGCGGUGCAGUGGUGGCAGAUCUUCCUGAUGCCGAGACAGUGGCAUGCGGGACAGUCGAUUCUGACGGGGCAGCUGGUGGCCACUCUUUUCAUGGUCUGGUUCUACAUAGAGGGCAGGGAGGCGUGGCGGUGGUUCGAACCGUUCGCUGUGAGCACUAUACUGUUGAAGAUACUCUUCCCCUGGUGA